AUGGAUGUGAGCGAUUCGGACGUUUCAGCUGAACGAAAUCAAAUUGAAAAAAUGGUACCAGAAUUGGGAUUUGGUUACGAUUGUGAGAAGGAACCGUUCCAGCAAGGUGCUGAGGCGAGACUUUAUCGAUGCACGUUCUUGGGCAAGAGUGCCGUUUUGAAGGAACGUUUCCCAAAAAAAUAUCGGUUAGUUGUUGAAAAUUAUCAUCUUUGGGUUGAACAUUGCACAGCAGGAGGCAAAUGUACUCAAUGUCUGUCUGUUCCAGUAACGAUGGUAACAACUACGUUAACAUAA